AUGGCUCCAACCUCGAGGUCCUCGUCGUCGUCCUCCUCCUCGUCCUCCUCCUCCUCGCACUCGCGCUCGCCUCCAAAGGCCAAGCCCGUUCGCGACGAGUUUGGCCGCGAGGGCCGCCGGAGCAGCCGCAGCCGCAGCCGCAGCCCUCGCCGCGGCCGGGACGAUCGCCGCGAUGACGGCCGCCGAGGCCGCAGCCGCAGCCGCAGCCGCGACCGCGACUACGACCGCGACCGCGACCGCCGUCGCCCGCCGCCGCAGCCGCACUACUCCUCCGGGCCCGUCCGCGGCAGGCGCCGCUCCCGCUCCCCGCCGCCGCGCCGGCCGCGGUCGCCGCAGGUGCCGGACGAGUACCUGCUUGACGUGCCCGAGGCGGGCUCGACGAUGCGCGCGCGGGUGGUCUCGGUCAAGCCCUUUGGCGCCUUUGUGCACCUCCCCGGCUACCGGUCACAGGGGCUAGUCCACAUCUCUCAGCUGGCGGCGCGGCGGGUGGAGUCGGUGGAGGAGGUGGCCAAGCUGGAGGACGAGGUGUGGGUGUCCGUACUCAGCGUUGAGGGCGAAGGCCGCGCCGCCCGCGUCUCGUGCUCGAUGCGGCGCGUCGACCAGCAGACGGGGGAAGAGAUCGAGGACGAGAGAGCGGGCGGCGGCGGCGGCGGCGGCGGCGGCGGCGGGAGGGAGUACAAGCGGCAGCGCGGCGGCAGCGACGCGAUGCCCGAGCAGUUUUCGGUGCACAAGGGCGUGGUUGAGAAGCUCGAGUCGUUUGGGGCCUUCAUCUCCCUCCCCGGCCUGCGGAAGAACGGGCUGUUGCACAUCUCCCAACUCUCAAACCAGCGCAUCGAGGCGUCGGACCUGCCCGACUCCUCGUGCGAUCUCCCCAUAUCUCCCCAUAUCUCCCCAUAUCUCCCCUAUCUCUCCCCACAUCAGGCGUCGGACCUGCCCGACAUCCUCGAGGUCGGGCAAGACGUGUACGUCAAGGUCACCUCCAUCGACGCCGACGCCGGCCGCUACUCGCUCUCGAUGAAGCUCUGCUCGCAGUCCGACGGGCGCGACCUCGACCCGACUCAUGCGCUGUCCGACGCCGACCGGCGAGGCGGCGGCGGCGGCAAGGGCGGCGGCAAGGGCGACGAGCCGAAGCGCGACUCUCGGGCGGCGAUGGAAGUGCCAGAGUACGGAGGGCGGCAGCUCGGCACGGGCGAGUACGACCUCGUGCCGGAGGAGGAGGACGAGCGGCCGGGGCUGCCGCCCGCGGCAGGCGGGACAUACCAGCUGACCGUGCCAGGCACGGGCGCCGUUCCGCCGGCACCGGACGCGGAGGCGGAGGCGCGCGCGCAGCUGCAGCUGCAGCUGACGGCGAGGCUGCUCGCAAAGGGCGCGGCCAAGCAGAAGCGGCGCGAGGAGAAGAAGGCGAGGAAGGAGAGGAGGAAGGAGAGGAAGCGCGAGAAGAAGGGGGCGAAAAAGAGCGGCAAGAAGGGCUCCAAGAAGGAGAAGCGGCACCGCGAGAAGCCCUCGUAG